AUGUUCAGACAAGAACACGUGGCCCUUCCUCCGAUUAGUGACGAACUCCCCGAUGACACAAUCAAAAUCAUGCUCGCGACUGAUAAUCAUAUUGGAUACAACGAACGUGAUCCCAUAAGGGGACAAGACUCCAUUAACACCUUCAAGGAGAUUCUAGAGCUGGCGAGAAAACACGACGUAGACUUUAUCUUAUUAGCCGGAGAUCUCUUUCAUGAAAACCGACCUUCGCGAGACAGCCUAUAUCGCACCAUGGCACUACUUCGAGAAUACACCCUGAACGAUAAACCCGUUCAAAUCGAACUACUCAGUAAUCCUGAUGAAGGAAAAGCAGAUGGGUUCAACUUCCCUGCCAUUAAUUACGAGGACCCAAACUUGAACGUCGGCAUUCCUGUAUUCUCUAUUCACGGAAAUCAUGAUGAUCCGCAGGGUGCUGGCCCCGACGGUGCACUAUGCGCCCUCGAUAUGCUUUCUGUCGCGGGGUUGAUAAACUAUAUCGGAAAAUCGGACCUCUCUGCAUCAGACGACCCCAACGCUGGAAUCCAAAUCAAGCCGGUUUUACUCAGGAAAGGAACAACGCAACUAUCACUAUAUGGGGUUGGGAACGUCAAAGAUCAAAGGAUGCAUUUUGAAUUGAGAAGUAACCGUGUCAAAAUGUUCAUGCCGAAGGAUAAGGAUGACUGGUUCAAUAUUCUCUUAGUUCAUCAAAAUCGUGUCAAGCGGGGACCACUUGAAGCGGUUCCUGAGGGCAUGUUUGAUGAUAGUAUCAAUCUCGUUGUCUGGGGACAUGAACAUGAUUGCCGAAUUGUGCCCGAGCCUGUAGCAGGGAAAGAGUAUUUUAUCACACAACCGGGUUCUUCAGUUGCUACCUCUCUUGCUGACGGAGAAGCUAUCCCCAAACACGUAGCCUUAUUAGAAAUACAACACAAUACCUUCCAAUUAACGCCUAUUCCUCUACAAACUGUACGGCCUUUCGUACUGGACGAUGUCAAUCUUAGCGAGGCAGCCGAAACCGAUGGUAUUGACAUCACGAAUCAGGUCUCUGUAAUGAAAUUCCUGCGAGAAAGGGUCAAUGCCUUGAUCGACCAAGCACAGGAGGAAUGGCAUGAACGUAACGAAGCCGCUGGUAUUUCUCCCGCAGAAGCGGGCGAAAUGAUGCUCCCCCUUGUCCGCCUGAAGGUUGAAACCACCGGAGUGUCAGUUAUGUCGAACCCAGUCCGAUUCAGUCAAGAGUUCAUCGGUAGAGUCGCCAACCCCAGGGAUGUUUUGGUCUUCCACCGAGCAAAAGCAAUGGCCAAGGGCAAAGUCGUAGCCGAUGAACCCGAGCUAUCUAUCGAUGACCCAACCAUCCCAGUGGCCGAAAAGCUUCAAAAAGUACGAGUGCAAAAUCUUGUUCGCGAAUACUUGGCUGCCCAGGAGCUCCAACUGUUAGGAGAGCUAGGAAUGUCAGACGCUAUCCAGACGUUCGUUGAAAAGGAUGAGAAUAGAAGUAUAUCAGAGUUCGUUAGCAAAUCGCUCAAAGCCUAUGAAAAGAAACUUAACACCCGAGAGAUUCACGAGGCGAAUUUGGAUGACGCCCUUUAUGAAAUAAAAGAAGAGCAUGAGAAGGAAUAUCAGGAGACUCAGCUCGGCAAGGUCCCAAAAGCGAAAGGAAAGACUCGUGCAAAGGAAGACGAAGAUACGCACUCUGUUGAUUCAAUGGAGGUUGAUGACGAGAUGCUUUCUGGAGUAGGUGGUGGUGACGACGAUGAAGCGUUUUCUGAGGAAGAGCCACUGCCACCACCCAAGAAAACUACCACAUCACGAGCAACCAAGGGGUCCACUUCAAAAGCUGCUUCCAAAUCUACUGCCAAACCCGCAACAAAGGUUCCAACAAAAAGGUUUGUCCCCGAUAGUGAUGAAGAUGAGGCAGAAAUAAUUGAUAUGCCGGACGAUGACGACGACGACGAGCCAGAACCAGAGCCAGCACCGAAGCCCAGAGGGAGAGCAGGCAUCCUGAGUGGUGCCACUAAGAAGGCCCCAGCGAAAAAGGCCACGGCUGUCAAGGGAAGACAGACAAAACUCACUAUGGGCGCAAGCCAGACUAGCACCCGCGCUCCAAGAGCAGCAGCCAAGAGUGCGCGGAGUAAAGUGCAGGCCGCAAUUGAGCUUAGUGAUUAA